AUGCAAAGCCCCACAGAGGAGACACCCGGUGGAGCGGGCAUCCGCCAGAUAUCCCCUCCACAGGAUACAGCUGAGACAGCAGACGAGCUCCUGCACUCCCACAGCGGCUUCCAAGGAGCUGACGGGGAAAAUGCGUCGUCAGAGGGACCUCAUGCGAUCCCCGUACGCAGAAUUUCAUUCACUGCAAGCGGGUAUGCUCCGGUUGGUGCUUUUUAUUCGGCUGCUGAUUUGGACAAGACUGCCCAGUACGAUGAGGACCUGUUUGUUUCCUUGGAGGCGUCGCGUUGCUGCACCUUCUCUGCUCCUGUUGUGGCUUUAGCCGCGAAACACGCCGCGCAACAGGCAGCUCUAACUCCUAAGGGUGUUAGUCGACAUGUGGAGAGACUCACGCGGGUGUACAGACAGGUUGACGACCUGCUGCUGGAUCUAGGGGGACUCAUAGACCCCGAUGAGGCAGCGGCAGCAGAAGCAGCUGCCGCAGCUGCUUCGUGUGCAGCAUCUGCGGAUCCUACCGUUGGAGGAGACACUGGAUCGCCGGCACCUGCUGGCCUCACGGACGAAACGCCAGUUGCUGCUUCAGUUGCCGCUGAAGAUACAAAGCUGCACCAUAAAACAGCAACAACCUCCACCCCUACUAGUGACAAGAAUGAUAAAGUUCAGAGGCGUGCUAUCAAGUCGUCGUACAAGAAGCUCCGGUGGAUGUGCGAUGGAGAACUGCAGCGGAACCCCGUGUUGCUGGAGGGGGCGACUGCCCUGAAGUGUUGCGUUUUCAGAGAGGCCAUUGACGCGGUGCUUCGCAAAGGCCAGAGAGAGCGCCGCUUUUUCUGGAAUGCCCCUACAGUGAUGCACUACUCGCCAAACCCGCAAGCAGCAGCUGCAGCCACCAGCUGUAGCGGCAAGAGCAGCAGCACCAGUGGUGGCCUAGUAGAAUUAGAUCAAGCACAAGCCCGAGAAGCUCUCCGUCGCGUGCGUCGCGCUCAAGUGCUCGUAGAUGUCUUUUCUGCCGAGGGUGGCAGCCCAGAGCUCUUGCAAUUCUUGCUGCAGCGUGUAUCCGAUCUGCCUGACCUUGACCUCCCCUAUGCGAGGCUCUGCGGAUCUAACGACGCUUUUCCACCCCCAGAGAAAGGCCCUCGCACUGCCCCUGAGAGAGAGCGUUUGCCCGAAGCGAGCACCUGCUACCGCCCCUGCGGCUACACCGCUUCCCCCGAAGGAAUUAUUCACGACGCCGACACCAGGCAACAGAGGCUCAGCGAGGGCGGGGAAAGUGCAGCAGAACGCAGGAACUCCCGGGGGCAAGCUGCUCCUGCUGAGGCUUCUGACGUCCAGACUUCUAUAGCGCGUUGCCUCCCUCCCCACGAACACCCUGGAGAAAGACCUACUGCCAGCCCACUGCCCGCUGCAAACUCGGUCUCACUAACCACCAGCGCCGCUCAAAGGAAUGCAUCUCGUGACGCUACGCCUGCCACCGCUUUCACUGCAACGCAUUGCAGCUUGACCAGGUGCACAGGGCCGGAUAGCCAAGAGAAUCCUUCUGAGGGCUGGCAAGACCCCCAGGACGGCUUCAGGUGCUCGCGCUCCUUACUGCGACUGCUGCUGCACGUUGCACAGCAGCACUUACUGCAGCACCGGAUUUGCCUGAGAUCCGGUACUGCGAGGAAAGCCCUUGCGGCGGCACGCACACCAGCGGCCCACACAACAGCAACAUCACAGGCAACAGCAGAAAAAUCCCCCACCGCUGGACCUCCUGACGCGCUAAGGGGCAUCCCUGCGCCCUCUGAAACGGGAGGCUCAGGCAGCCAUGAGGGUAGCCGCAAAAGGGGCAGCAGCUCAUUCACCAGGCGUCCUGAAGAGCGCUCAGUGGUGGCUCACAGGCCUAGCGAUUGGCUGCCUCCCAAACGAGACAGGGGGGGAACUCCGUGCGUAGGAGCAACAGCAGCGGACGAACUCAGAGGCUUUAAAGAGGAGGGUGUCGCUGUUGCGAGUAGUGAACGGUAUUCCUGCCCUUCGCAGCGAAGGCAAGGCCUAAAGCCCGAGGGUGGUGAUGCUCAAGGUGCAAAACAAAAGCGGAGGAACCCUAAAACGCAACUGGGCGAACGUGUCAGUGCAUCAGCAAAAAGGCAGGAAAUCGAAUCCCAGAGUAACGCAAGGAGUUUGAGUGGAUGUCGAGACCUGCGUUUCGUCAGCGAGGGCACAGGACGAAGCGUUUGUGUGCUGCUGCAGCGCAUCGCUCUGAGGCUCCUCUUUGCUGCAGCACUCUGCAGUAGCAGAUACAGCACUCCGGUAGUUCAGUUGCAGCGGUUCGUUGCGGCGCUUGCAGCUGCCCUAAAACCCUGUCUUGUGUCUAUUAGGGAAGCAGGAGAGCGCAGAGUUUCCAUACAGAAGCAGCACCAGAUGGCGACGUGCUGCGAAGGCCUUCCGAACCUAGAGAAUACCUUAAUCGACUUCGUGGCAAUACCGACGUGUUAUGGCCUCGCAGUAGUUGCGGAGAAUCCGUUGCUCGGUCGGUUGCAGCAGAACGUAGCAGCAGAGCUCUAUGGGCUGCUGCUCGCGGCUGAUGCUGCGGUGUAUGCACACCCCAAAUUAGAGCAGCUCGUUGAAGCCAUCAGCGGGAGCAGCGACGAUCAACGGCAGCAUCAACAUGAUAACGCACUGGAGGAACAGCAGAACAGCUGCCAGUCAGGGUUCUUGCCACAGCCACCGUUACAGCCGUUUCUAAGGGUCGUGGAAACACCGCAUCCAUACAGUCGCUUGCAUGCUGCUGGUGCUGAGGAGGCCGCCGCCGCAUGGGCAAGCAGCAGAGGCGUUCGGCUUUCUCGGAGGCACGGGGAGCACUUUUUCUACGUUUACCAUGUGUCAUUCCCUUCCGCAACUCACGUGAUACUCCUGUUCGACCCCAAGUCUGAGACGGAAGGCCCCCACGACACGCUAACCAUAUACAGCGGCCUCUGGCGCUGCCCCCCUGGAUCGGUGCCUCACGCGUGCCUUCUCGCCGGGCCGUAUGGAGACAGUUCGGAGGACGAGGGAGGUCUUCUUGAGCCUCCUUCCCAGACCAAGAAAGUCUCCUGGCCGCGCGAGCCUCUCGUGUUGCAGACUGCAGCCAUGACCUUCUUCUUUACGGUGACUGAGAAACCCCUCACCUACAACGCCUACCGACAGAGGACUAAACGAUCCCUCUGGGGUUUCAAGGUUUACUGUUUAGGCCAGCAAUGGGCGAUUCCAGCAGGCGUCGCAGAGGCUGCGGCUGCAGCAGCCAAAGCGCAAAGCUCAAUCUGCACUCGCGGGAGGGAGGGUGGCAACUUGGAGGACUGGCAUCACGCUUCGAGGGAAGACGCUGCGGCAGCGAACAUGCCCCCCAAGGCGGGAGGUCCCCUGACGCUGCAUCCUCGCGGCAGUGACAACGCCCCCCCCCAGCAGCCGUCUUCGUCGGCUUGCUUGCCUCGUGCCUCUCCUCAGGAGCAGGGGGGGGACCCCCCUCUGCUCGUCGAGUUUCUCGCAGCCUGUGCUGCGGGAAUGGCGGGAGCGGCGGCAGCCUUGCUGAGAGGUCCACCCGCGGCAGCCUAUGAGGCGCAGCUCUGUGGGGCGCUCAGCUCUCUGCUCUUUGCUGGGGGCUACAAAAGAGAAAGGCCUCCUUGCGUGCGGAGGCUUGCCCGUCUCAAGGGGACGCAAAGACUCCUGAGAUGCGGGGAGGCGGUGAAAGCGUUGACAGGCGAUCCUCAGAACGUGUGGCAGCCGUGGCAAGGCUCUCCAGGCCAUGACAGACAAAAUACGAAGCGCUUAGCUCCAGGAAAAGACGUCGAACAAGUGCAUGAGGGGAAGCCGCAGCACGUUUCGCCUCUGCAGCAGCACCGACAAGAACACGAAAAGGAUCUGUUUCUGGAAUCUGUGGAGGCCUCAUGUGCAGCGCAUGGGGCCUUGACGCAUGCACAGGACGCCUUGCGGGCAGAAAAUGCUCAAACUCUGCCCCCAGAAGUACCUGUAGGAGCCGGUGCUGAUGGCUGGUGUCAACGCAAAACGCAAGCAGCUUUUGGUCUGGCGCAUCCUGGAACGGGCAGCACAAAACAGCUUGCAGGGUUGCCUCGAAACGUUCUUGAAAGGGAUUCGAUCCAGACGCAGGGACGCCUUUUGCGCCAAUAUGAAGAGAGAGAGAGCCUCCCGUGCAAUGCCGCACCGCAUGCUGCGGAGGACAAGCAGCCAGCAGACGUUUCUUUUAGACAGGCUUACGCCUCCGGAGCAGCGGUAGCAGGCGCGGGAGCAAGAUGCAAGAAAAGCCCGCUUUACGACUUUCCACGACUGCCAACGGAUCUAGCGGCUCCUUGGAGGGAAGACCUGCAGCGGCUCUCUUUCUGCCCCGAAAACAUUUGCUACGUGUUAUGGGAAGAAGGCAUUCUUGGAAGGCUCUUGACGCGCGUUUUGGAAGCCGCAGCAGCCGUAGCAAGCAGACGGGGGGCCCUAAGGGAUGCAGGGCCUCUAAGCAGAAUUUCGGGAGGGGUCGUUCUCAGCGAGGCUGUGGGGGGGUGCCACAUGCAGAAGGCCAUAAAGGCCUACUGCUGCUGCUUAGUGCUCCACCUGCGCAUGCACAGACUUCUGGUGGCAUUGCUGCAGUCUUUGCUGCAACGGGGUCCUGAGCUUUUAAAUGUGGAAGCCGACAGACAAAACAGCAGCAGUCCCAACAGCAGCACCCUUCGCAACAGCAGCAACUGGGAAGCCUGCGUGAAGCGGCACGCUGCAUGGGUAGCGGACAGACCGGAGUUUGCUGCACCUGUGUUUGUGUGGUGGGCAGGACGCACGCUGAGGCAGAGGGUAGUGGCGGAAAGGCAGCGGUGCGUUGUUGCUGCAGAUGCCAUCCGAAGGGACCUUGCGGCACUCCCCGUCGAUGCUACCUCAGAGCAGCGUCAAAGGCUGCAGCAGGAACUACAGCAGCAACAGACGCUAUCGUGUUAUUCCUUUUGGGGGGCACAACUCCUAAGUAAGGCUGCCCUCAUAACGCGCCUGCGGCCCUUUUCUCGACUCCCGAGGGAAAAGGCCAAGCGACGCUUAUUGCCACAUAGCCUGAUUGCACCGGGAUUGCACCGUGCGGGCAGUUCAACAGCAGCCGCCGCUUCUAGUGCUUUGAGCGAAGGGAUGCAGUUCUCCAAGGGGCUGCAGGAUGCAGACUUGUGCAGCAUUACUCAAAGCAGCAGCAGCAGCAGCAGUAGUAGUAGUAGUGACCUGCCACAUCAAGUGAGCAGCACGCUGACGCAUUUCAGCAGCACCUGCAGCACUGCCAGUCUUCAGCAACGCUGCACGGAAGCUGAAGCUCUCCCCUGCCCUUUGGCCUUGAAUGGACUUCCUUCCCGUGCCUCCACCUCUCUCUCCGCUCACUUCGCGAUGCGAGCUUUGGGUCCAUCUGCUGCAUCUAAAUAUGCGCGUCUUCGCCGUUGUAAAAAGCAGUUUGCUCUUUGGCAGCGCAUCAACAGGUUGCAUGUAGCGACAGAGCUGCAAAAAAGGCAGAAACAGGAUCAACAGGAGUCAGAAGCGGCAGCCCGCAGUAUUGCCCAAGGCGUCGCUGCUGUAUUUUUUGCGGCUCCCCCAGCGCUGGCGCCAACUGCAGCACGAGCUCUUGCAGCAGCCUGCAGAGCUGUGCGGGCAGCAGCAGCUGCUGCUGCUUUUACCUCGCAAGGCAGCACCGACUUCACAGAGUCGGAGAAGCGCCUUCUCAUGUCGUGCGCUGGAGCCGCGGCGAGUUCGGCUGCUGCCGCGGUGAAGGCUGCAUGCACUGCAGCAGCAAGGGCCGCUACAGCUGCUGCGGGGCCGACGGCUGUCGCAGAUCCUCUGACUGUUGAUGAGGGCUCCCUCGCAAGCAACGGGGGCCCCUUGCAGUCGGUGCCUCAUAAGCAGAAUGUUUUGGUUUACUGUAUAGGGUCGGCAGCAGGAGAGGCCGCAGCUGCAAUGGUGCGGGAGGUAACGGCUGCUGCGAGUACUCUUAUUUCGGCAGUAGAGCUGUACCCGGAGCAAGUGGCAUGCUCGAGCGGCAAUGCUGCAGCAGUCGAUACAGCUGCACAAGGAGCUCUAGCGGAUCAGUCACCCCCAAGAGAAGGGGGUGCUCUCCCAGGCGCUGCGGCAGCUGCAGCCGCGGCUACUGCAGCUGCAGCUGAAGACGAAGCCGCAGCAGCAGCGGCCUCUCCCGCAGGGCCCUUAGAUGAUUUCAGCUGCCUUACUGCAGUGCUCCGACAGCGUCGGCUAAGAGCAGAAGGCAGACUUCAGGGGCUUGACUUGCUACAGCAUGCUCUGCUCGCUCUGCAAUCGCCUUUCCCAAUAUGUUUGCUGCUGAAGGUGCUUCGCUCGCUUGGCGCUGAGGGGCCCCUUGGAGUGCCCGUGCGGUCGUGGGUGCUCCGGCCCGUUGAGGGGCCCCCGCUGGCGACUUCCCCCUACCCACGCUGGCGCGAAGAAAACGACGGCAGCAGCAGCAGGCACGGCAGCAAAAGCGCCGAAGGUCCUUGCCUCCCGAGAUACCCCCUCUUCAAAGCUUACGAAUUCUGCCCCAACGGAGACGGUGGAGAGAGCCGCAACGACGCCGAGACUCCUCAAGAAGCGGAUGUCUCUCUGGGAACUAGGGGUUGCGGGCUGCAACUUGAGAAGCAGCUACGUAUUUCGUAUUGCCAUAGUGUAGCAGUUGCCGUUUCUAUGGCUGCCCCCCAGUGGCACCUCCAGCGGCAGGAGAUGCAGCCCCUCCAAGGCACGCCGAGACUUGCUACCGCUCAAAGAGACCGCUUCGCAAUGUCUCCGACUCCCUUGGACUAUGUGCUUCUCGAUACUGCCGUGCCAGGCGCAUCCGCCGUCUCCGGGAGUGGUGGUGCCGCUGCUGCUUCUGCUCCUUGCCUCAGCGUGCAACACACAGCACUCUCGGUGUUGGGGGCUGUAUCUCUGGAAGAAAGCGAGGCUACGCAGCUUCAAAAGGUGGGCCUCCUGGAUGCGGCUUUUUACGGGGCCCUUUCGUUGCAGUCUCUACUACAGUCCCCCCAGCAGCCGCUGUUACGCCCUCCAAAAUACCACAAGUUGCUGUUGAUGAUGAUCGUCUCUCUCCGUGUCGCAGCAGCAGGACCGAACGCCAGCCUGGCAGCGAUGCGCUACUGCGCUGAUUUGUUGCUUAUUGCGACCCUCCAAGCGGCAGUAGCGAAGCGCGCUCCCCCUGAGUCUCCCCCGCAUCUCGAGCACUGCCAGCAGCCUUAUCAGCAGCAACAACAGCCAGUGGUGGGAGGAGGAGGACUGACGGCUUUCUUGGCGUGGGAGUCAGCUGCUCAUCUCCUGGCUUCCCUCCUCAGCGUUCUCCUUUCCAAGGCCCUUGUUUGGAAUCUGACAAGUCUCCCUACAGCCGCUGCUUCUGGCUGCGUUGCCACCGGUACCCCCUGGGCGUCCUCGCCAAGCCUCCGCGGCGGCAAUGGCGGCGCACAGGGGGGCUCUGCAGCGUGCCGGAUGUGCAGCGUGUUUGAUGUUUACGGCAGUGGUGCGAGGGGCGCUGAUGAAAUGAGCUUCUCCGCACACACCUCAUGGCACACUGCCCUCCGCGCAGUGCUGGAAUCCGAGGGCCUCCUUGGCUCAGUGUCUCUGAUGCUCGCUGACGGUACACCAAGGCUGCAGAGACGCGCUGUGCAGCUGCUCCGGCUGCUGCUGCCUCUCAGCAGCCCGCAGCAAGCGGCUCACUUUGUGCGCCCUGCUUUGGAGGCCCUUUCGGAGGGAUACGCGAAUUCUUCGAGAGCUUUGAGGGAGGUUCUUGCCAAGGCAGCUACUGCCGCGACAGACGGGCGUGGCUGUCACUUCCUGGAGCCGCCAGGAGCGGCUCUGAUGCUCAGCAGCGCUCCUGCUUCCCCCUGUGAGCCGUGGAGGGGCCUUUCCCCCUUGAGCGCCUCCAGCAGCGGGGAGCAAAGCAACGCGGCAUUGCUUGUUGCAGAAAGCCUCUUAGCGGCUAUUGGCUGCGGUCUUGCGAUCUGCAAUCCAGAUGCUCUUGUUGCAGCGGCUCGGCAUCAGUUUGUAACUGCGCCGUCAGGAGCAAGCCUCAGCAAGGAGACAGUGCCGCGCCUCUGGGUAUCCCCGAUGUCUUUUUCUCUGGAAGAAAGCUCUUCGGGGCUUGCGCAGCUUUGCAAACACUGGGAAAGCCCCCUCUUGCACCAGAUGUUGCUUUGCUGUGACGCCCAUCCCAGCCGGAGUGCCGGCGAUAGCAGCAUCCUUCCGUCAAGGCUGCUUUUGCAGGGUUCCACAGCCAGUCAGAAAGCUGCUCUAGCCCUCGAGCUGAGGGGCCUCCUUCGGCAGCUGCUUCUCUGCCGCAAGUGGUGGGCUCCUUCGAUUCGGCAAAGACUCUGUCUCGCGCUUAAGGAAAGCAGCACGCUGCUCAGGAGGGGUCCGCAUGCGCUUCUGCACGGUGCCACGGAGUACGCGCAGAAACAGCUGCAGCUCGACAAGCCGCCGUCUGCACAGGUGCAGCCGCCCUUGCAGCACCAAAUGCUGGUAGCUCUAGAGUUGCAGCUUCGGCGGCGUGCUGCUGCGCGUGCAUAUCCCGCCUGUCAGUCCCUGGGGUUGCUUUCUCCAGACAAGCAGGGUACGCAGCUCUAUACAAGCCAGCAGCAGCAGCAACAAGAGCAGCAAAUAGAGCAGCAAAUAGAGCAACAGCAGCAACAACACCAACAACAGCAGCAACAACAGCAACAACAACAGCAACAACAGCAACACGCGCAUGCGUAUCAUCACGCUCCUUUUCACCACCCCCACCACUACCACCAUCCUUAUUACCCCCCUCUUCGGCAGGACCCCCACCCCUCCCCCCUCUCCUGUCGGUGCCCACGCGCGCAUGCUGAAAGACAUGCGAGGCUUAUUGCAGCGUGCAGCGCGGCUAGUGCUGCCGCGACAACCGCCUUGACACGCACACCCCGCAAUGCGGAGGGGGGGGGGGGGCCCUCUGCCCCGUGGAACGCAGCGCUAUGCGAGGCUUUGGGGGCCCUCGCAGUCGUUGGAGGGGCUGCCGAAUUCCUCCGUGUCGGCUGCUGCGUGCAGGGAGAUACGGCGAACUGCAGCGGGCUGCUGCAACACCACAUGCUACAGCAGCAGAGCAGCAGAGUUGUGAUGCUCUCCAAGUACGAGGGAGUUGCCCUUCUUCGAACGCGGGAGGGAGACAAGGAUCAUGCGCUAGAGCUGAGACGUCUCACCGCAGACACCACAGCCAGCGUUCUAGACACGGAUGGCCAUGUGAUUGCGGAAUUGUUGUUGCGAGGAGCAGCAGAGCAGGAAGCGCCAGAGAGUCACCAGCCUUCGAGCCGCAGCAACCUGCAGCGGGCGCCGCAUGCAGACACUCGACCAUCCAGGGAUCCCUUGGAGGCUCCCUCAGCAGCAGAAAAUUUCGCGGGAGACGCAGGCAGAGCCGCCUGUGCACUGCCUAAUGAGGAGCUGCUGGAGGCGAUCACCAGUCUGGCGAUCGCGGCGGAAGAAGGCUUGCAUGCGGAGGACGCUGAGGCGUGCGCUGGUGCCACAGACACCCCAGAAGAGCGCGAAGCAGGCAUCAGAGCUGCACCUGCGAUAGGGCAACUCGAGAGCCUUUCGGCUGGCCGUGUGGCCUCCCUGCUGGUGCUGCAGCUGCGAACAAUGGCGCUCUCCGCAGUCAGUGAGCUGCUCCAGAAUCGGCAGGUUGCUGCUUUCCUGCUGCGUCAGCGGCGGCUGCUGGAGUCGCUUCAACUGGUGUGUCUGCGUCCUAUUGCUGUGCCCAACUUCGACGGACUCGAAGAGCUUAGGGCGCUCUCUCUCCGCCUUUGCCAGCUGCUAAGAGAUCGCCUUGAGGGCUCUCUGGCCAUAGAGAGUCGCUUGUUGUUGCGCGAGCAAGCCGCAACGGCGUUUCCCUACACUCCCUUUACAGGCCUCCCUUUCUUGCUGCCCUCUGCAUGGGAAAGACGCACUGCUGAGGGGCUUGUCUGUCCCCCGGAAGACUGGCAAGUGCUGCUCUGCGCGGCUGCUGCUACCGGGGAGAGCUGUGCCAAGAACCACAUGCAUGCAGCAGCAGCAGGUGCAGCAAAAAAGCGCACUCCAGGAACCGCCGAUGAUAGCUCUGCUGCUGCUGUCGCCGCACAGGCAGAAGCAGAAGCAGCUGCAAAGCACGCUGCAGCUCUGAUCACCGAUUGCCGCAGAAUGCAAGCGGUCGCUCAGGCUAACCGAGCCAUCCCCACUUCGCUCCCUGCCUAUUACUUUGAAGUACAUGUUGGGGUGGAGCAGGAUGUCUGCUGCUGCGCGUGCAGCCGCUCCAUGGCCCCCUCCGCUGUCUGCCCGCCGCUUGCCAUUGGUUUGCACGUCGAUGGAUGCGUUCUUAAACCCGCAGAUUGCAGCCUCGGAAGCGCCUACCUCUACUGCAGUAGCGGCCUCCUUCUCCACGGCGAAACUGCCAGCACAGCGCAUGCGGGCUCCACGGCUCCCUUCGGAUACGGAGACACCGUUGGGAUUCUCCUGAAUGCGAAACAAGGCCUCAUCAGUGUAACUAAGAACGGCAUUCUGCAGAGCGUUGUGUCUGUGCCUCCAGGCAGAGACUGCACCCACCAGGAUCUCAGCAGUAAUGCUACUGUUGUUGCCUUCAGAGGGGUAAAAAAGGGUUGUUUCCGUCCGGCCGUGUGGACAGCUGCAGAACCGGGGGCGGAAGGCGCUAAACUGCGUCUGCAAGCAAACUUUGGAAAGUCGCCCUUUCUCUACUCCUUCGCAUCCUCCCUAGACAGUGUGGCACUGCAGCAGCUCUUUGCGGAAUUUGGCCUGUCUUUCAUUCGAGCCAACGAGGCGCUUCAAGAACCCCACACCAGCAGCAGCCGCGGCAGCGACAACGAAGGCUGGAUUCGAUCUGCCUCGCGUGCUGCAGACGCUGCGCGUGCCUACCCGAAUGCCUCUGCGGGUAGCUGUGUUGCAGGUGCCUCAGCGGGAGGUUCCCCUCCGUCCCAGCCGUUGCAGACUACGAGGCAGGGGCCCCUUGGAGGGGUCAGCAGUGACCAGAUGGCUGCUUCUGUGACAGCUCUGAGCGAAGAGGCUCUCCAGCGACGCGCUGCCGCCGAGGCUCUUCGGGAUAUGAUGGGAAGCGGCUUGUUUCCUUUGGGACUGUGUGUCUCUGCGCUGAGGCUCCAAGGAGACGACAUGCAAGCAGCCGCAGACUGGCUUAUUACAAGCGGCCUUGCAGAGCUGGAUGCCAUGCAGACACGCUUCCUAGAAGAGGCGGACGCUCAAGAAAACGCACAGGAGGAGCAGCAACAGGAUCAGCAACAGGCGCAGCAACAGGAGCAGCAACAGCAGCAGCAAGAGGGAGAAGAUGCGGAGCUCGGAGCGCAAGCGCGUAGCAGCGACAAGAACGCUACUAGCAGGAGGACGAGCGGAGAGGGAAACAAUACUGCAUGCGCUGAGGAUGUGCUCUCGGGAGACGAAGAACCUCCUCUACCGCCGCUCUACGCCAUCAUGCAAGAUGCCAGCGAAAAAAUUGCAGAAGAACUUCUGAACACAAGAAACAGCAACACAAGCAACACAAGCAACAGCACAAGUAGUAGCGGCAACACAAGCAACACAAGCAACAGCAGCCUGUCCGAUGAGUUUGCUGCGGCAGUCCUGCGUAGCUCCAGGUGGUAUGACGACCUGCUUUACGCUGCGUUGCAGCCCCCCAGGGGGGGGUUCUUGGGGGGUGUUUCUGUGGGAGACUGUGGUGGAAACUGGCAUAGACAGGUGCUCCUGCCAAGCGGUGCUUCUAGCGAAAUGCAGCCUCUGAGCGCAAAAGAUCUCAGGCCAGGUCUCCUUGUUCGCAUACAUCCCGACGCGGCCGUUCUGCUUCACGGACUGGCGCUUCUACCGGAAGCAGCGCUGGAUGCAGCAGCAGCCGCUGAAACUCCGACAACCGCUCAUAUUGGGGAGGAGGCAGAAAGCUUCGCACCACUGAGCGCCUUGCAGGUAGCUGCAUGCGGAGAAAGCGAGCGGCGCAUCAGCAGCAGCCCGAACGCAGCAUCCGAUCGUCGCGCUUCGCAAGCUUUGCUUGCAUUUCCGCCUUCAUCGGCGACUGACAGAGCAAAACGCGCAGGCUUCCGACUCGUCACUCCUGGUGUAAUUGAAGGUCUUGUACACUCAGCCUCAGGCGAUCUGCUGCUGCUCGAGGGUCUUGCAGGGCGUUGCGGCUUUGUGUGGCAGGUGGAAGGGCUCGAGGAGCUGCAGAUUGCUGCUGGGAAUAGCCGCAAAGGCUGCAGCAGCAGGCAAUGGGGGGGGGAGCCCUCUGCAGUUCUGGAGAUUGUAGACGAGGAUACAGGCACACGACGCCUCGUACGGCUGCCGCAGACGGUGCUGUGCAAGGCGGGGUCUCUUUGGAGACCGUUGCACGGCUUGGAUGCGCUUCUUGGCUGUCUGACUGCGGGAUCUUCCAGAGCUCGAGGGGGCCUCCGUGCAGCAGCAGCUUCUGCUUCUGCUUCUGCUCCUGUUUCUGCUCCUGUUUCUGCUGAAGAUCCCCCCGUAGAGGCCCUUCUCACGUUGCUGGAGAAGCUCGAGAGGGCCGUUGCCUGCCUUCAGGUGCGCCAGGCAGUGCGGCGUCUGCUUCAGUCUGCAGAGGGCCCCUCUCUGAGUCUGGAUGUCUUGGGGGGUGGCGGACUCUCUGCGUUCUUAAAGCUGCUGCAGCUGAGCUACAGCGAGCUGGGGCCUCCUUGCUUUGGGGGGGGGGGGCCUCAUCGGGUGGGAACGCUGAUCUCGAGUUGCUUAGGAGUCUGGCAAGAGAGUUUGGAGGCUGCAGCCACAGAUCCUCAGAUACCGCAGCGCCCCCCCCCUUCCUUUGUGUCAUUCUUCCUCUCGCGAGACUUAGGAGCCUCCACUUUGAUGCCAGUGCCUACCCAAGACGGCGUGGGAAACCUCCUCGAGGCUCGUGGGGGCCUUGCAGGCCCCCCUUGUGCGCCUUUUGCAGUGUCUCCCUUGCUGCAGCAGCUCCCGUGCAGCAACCUGCAGCAGUUGCUGCGGCUGCUGCAGCUCCUUGCCCGUGCUAUGGUGUCGGACGGGGACGAAGGGACUCUGGUGGAUGCACUGGGGCCCCUCGUGUUGCAGCAGCUGGGGGCCUCCUUUGACCAUCGGCUGGAUUUGCAUUGCGCAGAGUCGAAACACCCCUAUGGGCACCACCAAGAGAGCCUUGCGUCUGUCUCCUUCCUUCCCUGCCGUCGUCUGCUGCUUUUCAUAGAUCCCCGCACCGACCUCAGUGGCUCGGAGGAAGGCUGCAGCCUCACGCUCUCCUCAGACGAAGGCAACGACACCGCAGUUUUCUCCAUCAAGCACCCCGGUAGGAGACGCCUCUGCCCUUACCCUCUGACUUCUCUACUAGCACCCCACCAAAGCGCUGUGCUUGCGGCAACCGCCUAA